AAACGAAAGCGAUUCUGUUUAGGAGUCCGGGGAGCGAGCGAGUGUACAUAGCGCUCGGGGCUCUCUGCUGCGUCCCCACCUUUCUUGGGAAGGGAGAUUGCCAAGGGCCCCAACACCCUGCUGCGUGGGUCAGGCAGCGAGCGGAAUCCGGAGUGAGACCGGACCAGCACCGAAUCUGCCGGGAGCCCCCGCGCUUUCCAGACCGGGGAGCCAGCCAGCCCCCUCGGAGUCAGGGUCCCUGCCGCCCCCAGGGGGAGAACAAAUCAGAGAUACCCGCUCAGCAUUUCACACCUGCAGAGCCCCUGGCUGCAUUAUCCCAGACCCCCUGACAUCAUACAUGGGGUCGUGUCUGACAGCAUCCAGGCAUCACACUGCAAACUCCCUGGACGAUCCAACACCCGGCUUGUCCGACCGUCCUUAGAGCAUCUGUGCACUGGAUGAUUGGGGGGUGUCCAAAGCCAGGACUGUCAUGAGGUGGAAUCUGGGUCCUGCUUUCCAUAUAAAGGGUGCUUGAGAGCUAGUCUGAGCAUUUGGGAGUCCCCAUGUCAUACCCCAGUGCUCCCCCGCCCUACGAUGACAAGAAUCCCCUCUACCCUCCACAGCCUGGAGGCCACCCGCAGCCCGGAGCCUAUCCCGGGGGCUACCCGCAACCUAUACCCUAUCCCGGGAGCUACCGGCAGCCUGGAGGGUAUCCUGGGGGUUACCCUCAGCCAGGAGGAUAUACCCAACCAGGAGUCCCGUUACCCCCCAUGUCAACACUCCCGAUGAACCUAGGGGACACCGGUCUCCCCACAGGGAACAGCUACAUCACCAGCUUGGGGGAUGAUGUCAUCAGGACUAUUGACUGGGAUGACAAGAGAGUGCGACACGCCUUCAUCCGCAAGGUCUACACCAUCAUCUCAGUCCAGCUGCUGGUGACCGUGGGCAUCAUUGCCGUGUUCACCUUCGUCUCCCCCGUCCGCGCCUUUGUGCAGGGGAACAUUAUUGUGUACUACUCCUCUUACGCUGUGUUCCUGGUCAGCUACCUGGUGCUGGCCUGCUGCCCGGGCCCCAGGAGAUGCUUCCCCUGGAAUCUCAUCCUGCUGGCCAUCUUUACGCUGGCCAUGGGCUUCAUGACAGGAACCAUCGCCAGCAUGUAUGAAACCAUGGCAGUCCUGAUCGCCAUGGUAAUCACUGCUAUAGUGGCCAUAAUUGUCACCAUCUUCUGCUUCCAGACCAAGGUGGAUUUCACAUCGUGUACCGGGCUGUUCUGUGUGCUGGGGAUCGUCGUCCUUCUGACCUCGACAGUCUCUGCCAUCGUCCUUUACUACAAAUGUAUUCAGUGGGUCCACAUGCUGUUUGCGGCCGUGGUCGCGAUCGCCUUCACCCUGUUCCUAGCCUAUGACACCCAGGUGCUGGUAGGGACCAAGGAGUAUGACCUCAGCCCGGAGGAGUACGUCUUCGGCGCCCUGGAGAUCUACGUGGACAUCGUCUACAUCUUCUUGUUCCUGCUGCAGUUCCUGGGCUGUAAAUAAAGCCUCUAGGGGGGCUCCCGGCUGGCAUGGCCCGGGGCCGAGAAGCGCUCUGGGAA